AACUGGAAACUUGUGUAUGUUUGAACACUUUUGGAAGAGCAAGUUUUAGACAAUUUUGACGAUUUUUAGCACAGAACGUACGUUGUUUAUGGUAGAAUACAUCGCGAGUCUGGAACCUUCGUCGCCUGUACAGAUAUCGCCUACAAUUCCCGCCAGCAAAUUGGUUUAGAUAACACCAUGCCUAUAUAUAUGGAUAUUGUGCUAUGCCGUCUUUGCAGUUGAACGAAUAUUAUGUCUUUAGAAUUCCCACGGAAGUUGACAUCGCGAAUUAAAUUGUGGAGGGCAAAUAAAUGAACGGCUACCUGGAGAAGCCUGCUGGAGGAAGACAAACACCUGUCGAUAAUCUCCAGGAUGAGACAUCCCAGUUUUUUUCAUAUCGAAGGGAUAAAAGUCGUGUGUUCGACAAGCUUGGAUCAAUUCUGCUCUGACCUGAAAGAAGAACUUGAAGAAACAAAAUCUGAAGAAAGAAGAUUAGAUAAAUCUGUCGAGAAAAUGAAGUUUUGUUUCGCUGCUCUUGUUGUUUUUGUGGUUUUACUGUCACCAUCAGUGUAUGGAGCAGAAAGCGACGUGCCUCGAGUUUUUGACGAGAAUUUACAAUUGACUGAGGAGGAGAUGGAAGAAUACAUGAAGCAAGUGGAUCUGGAAAAAUAUGGUUUUAAGAGAACCGAGGAGACCACCAUUGAAACGGAUGAAAAUGGCGAGAAAAGGACAAAGAGAACCAUUUACUACAAGGUCACCGAUGAUUGUUCUCGAGCUAUGUUCUGGGAAGGAGUCCUUGAACAACGCUUGCCAGAGAAAUUGAAAAAUCUGAGAAUCCUUUCAACCACCGUAAGAGAAGUUCAGAAUCGUAUUGCUGGCAGGAAGACAAAGCAAUGCACAGUCGGUUUAGAAAUCCAUCCAGAUCGAAAUCGCAAGUCCAGUGGAAGCAAACGUAGUAUGGCUGGUAACUGUUGGUGGUGGUGCUGAGUAAUGCGGCGAUCGUUUAGGGAAACUAAGGUGUGUCAUUGAACGGUUUUAAAAGGAAAACGGAAGAAGUGUCUUGAUAGAAUAAUGUACUAGUAGUAACCUGCUUUGUAGUUUCUAAUGUUGUAGUCUGUCUUUCAACAUAAAUAGUGAAUUGAGUCAAAUAA